UAAGCACCCGGCACCUCGGGGCCAACCUAAGCGGGAGCUUAACAUGGGAUCGCGAGUCUUGGCUCCAUAAAAGCCCGACUUCCAUCUUGAGGGAGAUGGCAAGCAGGCUACUUGCUAGAAUGCCACAAGGUGAGAGAAGAAACACAAUACACCUGCCCCCCUUCCUCAUCUCUCAUCGCCCCAGCCCAGCCAUGAGUAAAAGAAGCGCUCGGGGCGUCCCGCCCCCCCAUGGUGCUAAAGGAAAAACACCUCGAAUACGACCUGGAGUCGCUGCACAGCCCCAUCUACAUCUACGAGCCACUGGAGAAGCCACGACACCCGCCGCCGUGCCCGCCCCGGCCUCUCGCCGCCACCACGGGGCCCUUUACGCUGAACGCGCUCGUCGCGCUGCUGGCCACGCUCAAGUGGGCGCGCUUCGCCACGCGGGGUGGUGGCGGAUCCAAGGACCCGGUGGCGGCGAGGCCGCUGAGCGAGUUCUGCUCCAUCGACCAGGCAAGCCGCGGGCCCGUCGGCUCCCUGGCUGCCUUGCCGGCCGUCUUCCCCAUGCCGCUCGUGCUGGUGGGGGCCCUGAUCAUGGUGGUCGCGGUUGGAUUCGACUUUGCCGCCCAGCAGCUCAUCUCGCUCGAGCCGCGUGCCGUGCAGCCCGCGGGCGCCAUGAGCGAGCCGUUUGUCCCGAGGGCGCAGUUCUUUUACAAUGACGAGUCGGGGGGCCAAGACGAAUAUAUCCGUACCGUCUUUGCCGCCGGGAAAGGACUCGUCACCACCAUCGACAAGGGCUGCGGCGGCGACCCCGGCGUGCUCGAUGUGGCGGCCACGUGCCAGACGGGCAACUGCACGUUUCCCAUCUUCAACACGCUCGCCAUGUGCAGCAAGUGCGUCAGCAUCCGGGACCAGCCCAGGUGGGUAGCCCUGGAGCCGGCGCCGGGCGACAGCGGGGCGGGCCGGAACGACAGCACCGUCUACGAGAUCAAGUGGACGGCGCCCGGCAACGCGACCUUGGUGCAGCGCGUCUGGCCGGCGCUGGGCUGGCCCGACUACGCCGUCGCGCCGCUGGGGCUGACCAUCAUGAAGUUCCAGGCGCGGGCUCUGGCCGCAGACGCCAUGGCCGCGCCCCCGAUCGGCGCCUGGCGGUGCGGCAUCUCGCCCUGCGUCCGCACGCUCGCCGUGUCGGUCGUCAACGGGCGGCAGCGCACGGCGGUGCUCGCCGAGUACGACAACGACACGCAGCUGGCGACCGCAGCGACGGCGACGAGGCCGAACAUCAGCAGGGCGGCCAAGUUCCUCAUCAAGGACAGUGACGAGAACACGCAGCCGGCGCCGGCGCUGGUGCUGCGGCCCAACAUGCUGUCCGAGUUCGAGGUCAGCUACGCGGGCGUGGUGCGCGGGGUGGCGACGACGCAGCAGGUGUUCGUCUCGGUGGCGUGGGUGUGGCUGUCGCUGCCGGCGGCGCUCGUGGCCUGCGCGGCGCUGCUGCUGCCGGCGACGGCUGUCUACUCUACUCGUCGGCCCUCCAGGACCUUGGCCGGAAGCUGGUCGAGAAACGCCCGUUCAAGGCGGAGCCGACGAAACGACGCAUGCGAGAACCAGCUCGCCGGGCUAUAGGUGUUUGACACGCUGCGCGCCCUCUACGUGUGGGAGCAUCCUUAUUGCCCUGUCUUUUACGUCCCUCUUGAUGUCGUCAACAACGGCCCGGGGGAGCUGUUGAAGGACGGAGGGUGCCGCCAACGACGGGUUCUGGGCAGGCAAACUCCACGUUGAGGCGUUCCCAGGCGGCACCAGAGUCACAAAGGAGGCAGACGUUCUCGUGCUGGAAGAGGGGAGCCUCUCCGGCUUUAUCCGCUUUACGACGCCGAGCUACCCUGGGCCUACCCAGCUUGACAGACGCCUGGUAUACCCGAAGACGAAAAGCUCCUCGGCCCCGCACCCGAAGUACCCCUACAAGCGCAUCGAGUGCCUGCCCCCGUCGCGCGAUGUCCGCGUCAAGGUGGCCGCACGCAAGCACAAACAGCGUCUUCUUGCACGAGACCGGCCUGCGGGUGCGUCAGUACCUGUCUCCCAAUGGCGGUUGCGGUCUGGCCUAGGCUCGAGCCAAGCGCUUACGACGACUGUUUGCCCGUACAAAGGCGAGGCACGGUAUUACAACCUCAUCGGCCAAGACAGAGCGGAUGACGUGGUUUGGUAUUACGAAGGCCCGACUCCCGAAUCGCAGGCAAUUCAGGGCAGGCUAUGCUUUGAUGACGCAAAGCUUGUGGUGCUGGUGGAUGGUAGGGAUGAUUACUGAGCGGCGCAGGGCCAUCUAUCGAGGCACAGGUUUGGCGCUUUCUAUCGGUAGGUAUCAACGGGGCCAGAUGGGACAUUCCCCGGCACCUUUGAGCAAGGGGAGGACUAGCCAGCCGCUCUACCACAUAUAGGAAACAGAGCACGAAACCGACAAGAAGAUCGAGAAAGGGAUAUGAGCACAAGACCCGGCAAGUCAGGCAAGCCACAUAGAAAGCUAUAGAAGCGCGGCAGUUCCUACCACACGUAAAUAGGGGAAGGUGGGCUUUCCCAGAGGAUCCGUCCAAGCCGGCGUUGAUAGACGUGCCGUUUACAGAUAGCAACGAGGACCGGAUGUUACAUCGGCCCAGAAGCCCUACGGAUAUGCAAUACCAAUGGGUGACUUGUUUGCGGGGAUUGGUCGCAAAUCUAC